AAGCAGAGGGUCUUUAUGAUUUGAAGUGAUUUUCUUCUUGUCUGCAGGUGCAGCAGGUUCAGGUGCAGCUGGUUCAGGUGAAGCUGCAGGUAAAUCUGUGAACCCUUCAGGAUGAGGCCGGCGGCUCUCCUCAUCGCUCUCUGCUGCUGCUGCUGCUAUGCGCAGCGUGUUAAAUGGAUAUCUCCACAAAGAGGAAGCAGUGAAGGAGCAACCAGACUCACCAUCAGUGGAGAGGGUUUCUCCCAGCAGAAUCAGUUCCAGCUGAACCCGACAGACGAGACGUUUGGAAACCGGGUCACGCUGGUGUCGGACACGCUGUCCGUCCCCUGCGACGUGGAGCGAGACUCGACUCACGCGAACCAGAUCCUGUGUUACACCAGGAAGAUGCCCGAGGAUCAGUACGUGGUCCACGUCACUGUGGACGGUGUUCCUGUUCCUGACAGCAGGAUCUGUAAUGGUGAUUAUAAACCAUACUACUGCAGCUUUUAUGUGGUCUGGUACCGCACGCCCACCAUCUCCUCCCUGAGUCCGCUCUCUGGCCUCCCAGGAUCACUGGUCUCCAUCCGAGGACGGAUCUUCACCGACGUGUACGGGAGCAACACGCAGCUGAGCUCCAACGGCCUCAACGUGCGCUUUCUGAGAUCCUACAUGGGAGGAAUGCCCUGCCUGCUGCUGAAGCCUGACUCUGAUGAACUGUACAACCUGCAGCUGGACUCGGAGUCCUCUAACUGGGGAUACAUGAGUUGCAGGAUGACAGGAACAUAUGUUGGUCAUCACAACCUGAGCUACAUCCUAGAUAAUGACUUUGGAAGGAGUUUACCAGAUCAGAGUCUGUUCUGGGUUUCUUCUGUGGCCAAGCUCUCCAUGUUCCAGACGUUUGCAGAGGUGACGGGAGUGUCGCCGUCCGAGGGCAGCGUCGCAGGACGAACUCUCAUCACCGUCCACGGGCGCUUCUUCGACCAAACUGACGAGCCUGCACAUGUUCUCCUCGGAGGUGUGCCGUGUGAAGUCCAGAGUGUGUCUGACGACAGCAUCACGUGUGAGACGCCUGAGCGACAGGUGAACAACAGGAAGGUGCACCCAGGUGGCAGAGGCUUGAAGAUGGAGGUGUGGAGCAACAAACGACCCAGCUCCCUGACCGACAUCUGGACCUACAACCAGAACACGAGCGGCUACCAGCAGCAGUGGAUCGACUCGCUGCCCUACAGCUUCCCCACAGAGAACGACCUGUUCGUCACCAGGACCAGAGGCUUCUUUGUUCCCCCGCUCAGCGGAAACUUCAGCAUCUACCUGCACUGUGACGACAGGUGUGAGCUCUACCUGAGCAACUCCAGCCGCCCUGAAGACAAGGUGAAAGUUGCGUAUCAACAGUAUUAUGUUAGAGACUACCUCCAGCUGCCGUCACAAAAAUCUAAAGUCCUUUCUCUGGAGAAAGGAAAACCAUACUACAUGGAAAUCCUGCAGCAGGAAUAUUACGGCGCUGCCAGCUUCAACCUGGCUCUGUUCCAAGAACAGAGCUCCUUCACAGAAGAGCAGACAGACGACGCCGUCRAUGAAGUUCAGAACAUUAAUGCUAAAUAUGAAGUGUUUGAUGAAGAGCAGGUGCUGACCUUUGACCUGUGGCCGUCCAGCCUCCCAGCAGUCAAAGAGGUGCAGCAGGUGAGCGUCAGCAGCAGCUGUGCCUCUUACCUGUGUGGACACACCUCCUUCAGCCUGAGCUACGGAGCCGCAGAGACAGGACCCCUCCCUCUGAGCGCCUCAGCAGAGGAGGUGAAAGCAGCCCUGAACAGUCUGUGGACCAUCAAACCCGACUCGGUCCAGGUCAGCAAACAGGAGGACGGUCAGGGGUCUCACUACAUGGUUACCUUCAACUCUGACAGAGGGGACUUCACACUGUUUGACUACAAGGUUUUUGGCUCGGACACCAACAUCACGGUUGCUGAGGUUACCAAGGGUCAAAGCAACAUGAAGACCUUCACUCUGAUCUGGGGGGGCAUCCCCACGAAACCCAUCGCCUACAAUGCAUCAGAGUCCCAGGUCCAGUCGGCUCUGGAGGACUUGAUGACAGCUGAAUGUCCUGCUGAGGUUCUGGCCACAGAAGGAACCAACGUGAAGUACUUCAAUGACUUCGAGCACCCAGAGGUCACCUCAGCUCAGAGCGGGACGCCUCAGGUCCACGCUGGUUUCUGUGGGGUGUGGUCCCUGAAGAACCCUCAGGCUCUGUUCCUACAAACCUUCAGCAAAGUGUCUGGAGUCCAGUACGGACCGGUGUCCCUCAGCCAGCACCCCACACUCUGCUUUGCGUACAGAGGGGUGCUGAAGGAUGAGGUUGGGGUAAAGUUUACAUACAGCAACUUGAACGGUCAGACGCUGACGGUCACAGCUCACAUCAACACUUUAUUCAACAAGGACUCCCGGUGGAGCUAUAAGUGCAUGGACCUUCAGAGCGCUCUGCAGACCGCAUACAUCGGCAGCAAAUAUACCCUGCAGGAGCUGUACCUCUACAGAGACGCCUCCGGAGAGGAUUUCUACAUCGAUGCCGUUUACAUCGGAAAGACGGCCACGACGAGCGACGAGAACGGUGUUCUCAACGAGAGGAGGCCGCCUCCGUUUGAGAGCUCAGCAAAGUUCAUCCAGGAGUUCUCCGUCACCAAACACCAAUCAGCUGCUUCACAGCUCCAAUACCAAAUCCACGCCACGCCGCAGGACUGUGCGUUUGGUUUCCCGCUGAUGGACAUCGCUUUCCUGCAGAUGUCCAACGGCAGCGAAGACUGGGCUCGGUUCACAGGAGGCGGAGCCAGCGUCACAGUCGCUCGCCCCCACAGAGCCACGCCCCCUCUGAACGGCAGCUUCGACGUGGAGAUCUACGGCGGCCGAGCUGAAGGUCUGUCUGUGGACAUCAGUGAGGACGACCUGAGGCUGGCUCUGGAGGGGAUCUCAGAGAUGGGUCAGGUGAAGGUUGUGAAGCAGGGGGGCUGCAGAAGCCCCACCUGGAGCGUCCAGUGGCUCACCAGACCUGGAGCCCAGCCCCUGAUGCAGAUCAACGACUCGGCGGUCGUCGGUGACGGCGCCGUGGUUUCUGCCGUGGAGGCGGUGAGGGGGGGCCUGCUGCGCCGAGGCCUGAGAGGAGACUUCUUCAGAGUGUGGGAGAGCAGACCUCAGGUGGAGGUCUACAUCAACGGGAUUCCCUCCUACUGUUCUGGUGACUGCAGCUUCCAGUGGUCCGAGGAGAAAACUCCAGUCCUGACUGGACUCAGUCCAUCAGCAGGUGGUCUGGGGACUCUGCUGAGCAUCACCGGGUCUGGAUUCAUCAGUGAGACUGCCUCCAUCAUGGUGGGAAACUCCAAGUGUUUGGUGGAACAGGUCACAGCUACUACACAGGUGUGCAGAGUGGGCGGAGCCAGUGCUGGCACCUACCUGGUGUCGGUCAACUUCCCCUCUCUGGGUGAUUCACGUUACGCCAAUGGCAGCGUCCUCCUCUUCACCUAUCAGCUCAUCGUGUCUUCUUUCUCCCCACCGUCCGGGAGCCUCGCAGGUGGCACGGUGCUGACGGUGCGAGGCUCUGGCCUCCAUCAGGAGGCCUCGGUGUCUGUGGGGGGAGAGGAGUGUGUGAUGAUCCAAGCAGCUGAGGCUGAGCUGACGUGUAGAACACCUGCUGGAGCUGCAGGACCCAGUGUCGUCAUGGUAACUGUGGGAAACAUGAGUCAGACGGCCAACGCCACCUUCACCUAUGAUGAUUACCUGACGCCUCAGCUGUCAGGCCUGAGUCCCCGGACCACCACAGUGCUGGGACACCAGCUCCUCACCAUCCAGGGUUCAAAUCUGGGACAGGAAGUCAACGACAGCGCGGUGCUGGUAGGGCUGCAGGAGUGUGUCAGCGUGCAGUGGACCGACACACACAUCACCUGUCUGCUUCCAGUGCUGCCGCCCGGCGUGCACAAGGUGCACGUGCAGGUGGGGAACAGAGGGUUCCCCCUGGUCAGCAGUGGGCUCAAUGCCAGCGUUGAAUACAUCCUGGAGGUGUCCAGGAUCUCUCCGCUCACCGGGUCCUUGUUGGGAGGAACCAGGCUGACGGUUUCUGGGUCGGGCUUCAGCAGCAACACGUCUGACAACAGCGUGAUCGUUGGAAGUUGUGUUUGUGACGUGGUGACGGCCUCGGAGGACGAGCUGCAGUGUGUCCUCCGGUCAGAGGAGAGGAGCUACGUGGUCUCCAACCAGGGCUCGCACCUCGCUUACGGACAGGGAUACGCCUGGAGUCCGUCCUCGCUCACGGUCCUCGUCGGAGACACGGUGGGGUGGCAGUGGGAGGCGCCCGCCUUCCAGAAGGUCAAGUACGGGGUCUUCAGUGUCUCCAGCCCCAGUGGGACCACUUAUGAUGGGGGACCCUUGAACAGUGGAGAGACCAAAACAGACAAAGGGUUUUUCAGCUACCGGUUCACCGUGCCCGGCGUGUUCUACUACAGCAGCGGCUUCGUGGACCAGACCAGCUCCAUCUCACUGCAGGGAGUCGUUAAAGUGAGGAGUCGRGAGGAGAGGCUGGGCGGAGUCUCUGUCACUGUGGGAGGAGUUGAGGCCAGACCUGUACCUGGAGGGUCACGUCGAGUCUCCAGAGCAGCAGCAGACUGCGUGGCCUCACCUGAGUGUCAGCAGAACAACCAGACUUCAGGUGAUCUUUCCUUCAGCUUCUCCACCUGCUCCACCCCCACAGUCUACUCCAUCUCCCCCAACCAGGGCUCAUACCACCAGGUGAUCCAGAUCCAGGGCCGAGGAUUCAGUGAGGUCACCUGUGCUAACCAGGUGACAGUUGGAGGUGAACCAUGUCAGGUGAUCAACAGCAGCCAAUCAGAGCUCACCUGCCAGCUCAGCUCUGACUCCAUGCUCCCAGUGGGCAUGGCCCUCCCCGUGGCCAUCAGGGUCAACAACCUGGGCGACGCCAUCGUGGUCAUUUUGAACGAGCUGGACCGUCGCUUCGUGGUCCUGCCGGUGGUGGACUCAGUCUCUCCUCCUGUGGGGAGUCCCAAUGGUCUGACCCGGCUCCUGGUCCAAGGGUCUGGGUUCUCUGAGGGCGGAGUCACAGCAGCUGGCAUGCCCUGCAGCUUCCUGUCUGUGAACUACACCCACAUCGUGUGCGACACUGCUGCGUCUCCGCAGCGCUCUGAUGAUGUCAUCUUUCAGCUGGGCCUCAUCCAGAGCUCCUGCAGCUCCGCCUGCUCCUUCCAGUACUCCUMUUCGGCCACGCCCACCAUCAGCAGCAUCUCACCUGACAGCAUCAACGGUCAGACGGACGUAACCGUCUCAGGCUCGGGCUUCGGCAGCCGCCUGGACGACGUGGCGGUUUUCAUCAGCUCCACAGAGGCAGAGGUGACGCAUGUGAGCGACGCUAACRUCACAGUGAGAGUGGGCGCUCUGCCAGCAGGGAACCACCAGGUGAAGGUGAUCGUCAGGAGCAAAGGUCUGGCUUCAGGUAACGUGAUUCUGAGCAGCCGAGCCCAGGCCAUCCUGAACCCCGCAGCAGGAAGCCUGGCAGGAGGAACGCCGCUCGUCUUCACAGGAAACGGCUUCGCUCCUGGAAACACGAGCGUGACGGUCGGAGGUAAACCCUGCUCCAUCCUGGAGGUGAGUCCAGGUGUGCUCCGCUGCCUGACCUCGCCUCACAGCGCAGGACAGGUGAGCGUCAACAUCCAGGUGCUGGCCGUGACGUAUCCAGCUCUCAGCUUCAACUACUCUGCAGCCCUGACCCCUGUGAUCACCUCCGUUAGCCCCGCCUCCGGUACCGCCGCUUCUGUCCUCACACUGACUGGGUCAGGGUUCGGCUCGGACCCUCAGCUCGUCUCCGUCACCAUCAACCAGGUUCCCUGCAACGUGUCGGCUGUCUCCGACACACAGCUCCAGUGCACGGCAGGAAACAACCCCGGAGGCUCCUAUCCUGUGUCGUUACAUCAUCAGGUGAAAGGCCACGCCCAGUCCAGCGCAGCGUUCACCUACGAGCUGACGCUCAGCAGCAUUCAGCCAAACCAGGGCAGCUUUGGAGGCGGAGCUUUGCUGACCAUCCUGGGUUCUGGUUUUGAUCCGGUUAACUCCACAGUGCGGAUCUGUGGACAGCAGUGUCCUGUCCACAGAGACAUGUCCUCGUCCUCCCGUCUGUUCUGCCGGUCUCCUCCCAACAACGCCUCCCGCUCGGAGCUCAGCUGCGUGGUUUCUGUCGUCAACCCGCUGGGCGCCGUCAACGUCUCCGACGGCUUCGCCUACAGGUCUCRGCUGACUCCGGUCAUCACCCAGGUGUCUCCACGGCGAGGAGGCACGGCCGGAGGCACCCGGCUCACCGUCACAGGCUCCGGCUUCAGCUCCAACAUGACUGAGGUCAGCGUGACGAUCGCAGGUUCUGUGUGCGACCUUGAGUCCUCCAACGCCACUCACAUCGUGUGUGUGACCAACGCUCAGCCUCAGUCUCAGGAGGCCGCGGUCAGAGUCAGCAUCGGAGACCGGGGCGAGGCCAUGAUGGAGAACGCCACCUUCUUCUACAUCGACCUGUGGUCCUCCAGGUUCACCUGGGGGGGCCUGGAUCCACCCGAGCAGGGCUCUUUCGCCGUMAUCACUAAAGGCCAGACCAUCCUGCUGGACGCUAGCACCCCCGUCCUGAAGAUGCUGCUCAUCCAGGGCGGCACGCUGCUGUUCGAUGAAGCAGACCUGGAGCUGCAGGCGGAAAACAUCCUGAUCACAGAUGGAGGGCGGCUGCAGAUCGGCCAGGAGGGGGCGCCGUUCCAGCACAAAGCCAUCAUCACGCUGCACGGACACCUGCGCUCACCUGAACUUCCUGUUUAUGGAGCCAAGACGCUGGCUGUCAGAGAGGGCGUCUUGGACCUUCAUGGUCUUCCCGUCCCGGUCCCCUGGACCCACCUGGCUGAGACGGCCCCCAACGGCUCUCUGACUCUGAGCCUGAUGAAGGCCGUAACCUGGAGACCUGGAGAUGAGAUCGUUGUUGCCUCCACCGGCCACAGACACAGUCAAAAAGAAAACGAGUUGAGGAAGAUCGCCGCCGUGUCGCCCGAUGGAAAGACCCUCACCCUGACCGAGGCGCUGGCCUACACCCACCUCGGGGUGUCCGUCACGCUGCCUGACGGCACGCUGUUCCAGGCCCGAGCUGAGGUGGGGCUUCUCACCAGGAACAUCGUGGUGCGAGGCUCCCAGCAGCAGGAGUGGAGCGACACGAUCCAGGCCUGCCCUGACGGCUUCAACACAGGGGAGUUCGCCACUCAGACGUGUUUCCAAGGCCGGUUCGGGGAGGAGGUGGGCAGUGACCAGUUUGGCGGCUGCAUCAUGUUCCACGCACCCAGACCAGGAGAAAACCUGGCUGUGGGCCGGCUGGAGUACGUUGAGGUCUUCCACGCAGGUCAGGCCUUCAGGCUGGGUCGGUACCCCAUCCACUGGCACCUGAUGGGAGACAUCAACUACAAGUCGUACGUCCGAGGCUGCGCCAUCCAUCAGACCUACAACAGAGCCGUCACCAUCCACAACACGCACCGGCUGCUGGUGGAGCACAACGUCAUCUACGACAUCAUGGGCGGGGCUUUCUUCAUCGAGGACGGCAUCGAGACGCAGAACAUCCUGCAGUACAACCUGGCCGUGUUUGUCCAACAGAGCACCAGCCUCCUGAACGACGAUGUCACUCCUGCCGGGUACUGGGUCACCAAUCCCAACAACAUCAUCCGCCACAACGCCGCAGCCGGGGGCACGCACUUCGGUUUCUGGUACCGCAUGCAUGACAACCCAGACGGCCCGUCCUACAACCCCAACAUCUGCCAGAAGAGGGUUCCCCUCGGGGAGUUCUACAACAACACGGUGCACUCUCAGGGCUGGUUCGGCCUCUGGAUCUUCCAGGAAUAUUUUCCCGUGAAGGCCGGCGGCUGCAGCUCCAGCGUCCCGCAGCCCGCCGUCUUCCGGUCCCUGACCACCUGGAACUGUGAGAAAGGUGCUGAGUGGGUGAACGCCGGCGCCGUGCAGUUCAGCAACUUCCUCAUGGUCAACAACGAGAAAGCCGGCAUCGAAGCCAAACGCAUCCUGCAGUGGGCCGUGAGUGGCUUCGGGGAGAGCGGAGGCGCCGCCGUGUCCAACAGCAUCAUCGUGAGUCACGUGGACGAGCUGGGGCUGGGCAGAGACUACUGCACGUACCGGGGGGUCAUCGCGCCGUUCGAUGAUGGCAUGAGCGUCCUCAACACCACCUUCAUCAACUUCAACCGCAACAACUGCUCCGCCAUUGGCGUGACCUCCAUCGACGGGUUGUGUACGGACCGCUGCGGCGGCUGGGCGGUCCGCUUCAGCGGCAUCCGGUACCUGAACUCCCCCAACAAGGCUGGGUUCAGGUGGGAGCACGAGGUGCAGCUAGUGGACUCGGACGGCUCCCUCACAGGAAACAUCAGCCACAAAGUUGUGCCCAUGAGCAAACUACUGGACCCUGCACACUGCUCCCAGAGUCCUGAGUGGAGCGUGGGCUUCCCUGGCGCCGUGUGCGACCACACCGUCGGCUUCCAUCGUCUGGCGUUCAACAAUCCCACGCCGAGCUCGCUGAACGCCAAAGAUGUCAUCUUAACCAACUCCCAUGGCAGCAGCGUGGUCCCCUACCUGAAGAAGAGGUUGACUCAUAAGAUGGGCUGGAUGGCUCUGCUCCCCACAGGAAACAUGUACAACUGGUACUUCAACAACGCAGAUCAGAUUACCAACAUCACCUACGACGCUAAAUUUUAUGGCUUUAAGUCGGACCAGUUCGUCAUCAUCAACCAUAACUUCACCCAGAGUCUGGACAGCGUCCGCAUCGUGGACAACAGGAACGGAUCAUCAGCGCCGCUCAGCUCCAGCAGGAACCUGAACGGAGACUGGUUCUUCAACAGCACCACCAACGAUCUSUUCUACCUCAUUUCAGGGAAGACGAGCCAGCGCCAGCGCAGGAACAGCGUGGACCGCUCCAUGCUCGACGUCGUCACCAACUUCGCUGUCUACCGCUGCUUCUUCCCCAAGUGCAUCGCUCCUCCCCCUGCCACUCUGGCUCCGGUCCCGAGCCGUCGACCCAACAACUUCCUCCUGUGGUCCGAUGCUUCCUUCUGGAGGAGCUCAGCUGAGAACAACUUCAGCGUUCCUGCAGACGGCGCUGACGUGAUCAUCCCUUCAGGGAAGUGGGUGGUUCUGGACCGCGACACUCCCACCCUCAACAAGCUGACAGUGGUCGGUGUUCUGGAGAUUCCCGACACCCUGAACGCCUCGUCCACCCUGGGGUACCGCUCGGUGGUGAUGGAUGCUGUUUACAUCUCCAUCCAGGGAGGCCGUCUGAUCGCAGGCUGGAGUGACGAGCCCUUCAGAGGUCAGCUGACCAUCAGACUGAGGGGGAACCACAAGACCCCUGAGUGGCUGCUGCCAAACGGACCCAACCAGGGCUCCAAAGUCCUUGGUGUGUUCGGUUCUCUAGAGCUGUACGGACAGCCUCACAACGUUUACCACACCAAGCUGGCUGCUACCGCCAUGGCAGGAUCCACCACCCUGACUCUGAGACAGUCUGUAGACUGGCAGGUGGGAGACGAGGUGGUCGUCUCCACCAGCAGCUACGAAGCAUCAGAGACAGAAAAACACCUGAUCACUUCAGUGUCAGCUGACGGCCGCGUUCUGACCCUGAACCAGCCUUUGGGCCACACUCACAUCGGUGAGACUCACUCUGUCUCAGGUACGUCCUUCUCCUACAUCCUGGCAGCAGAUGUUGGUCUCCUGAGCAGAAACAUAAAGCUGGUGGGUCAGGACUAUCCGGACAUGAUGACCGAGUCGUUUGGAGCCAGACUGCUGAUYGGCACCUUCUCCAGCUCUGGGAUCAACUACAGAGGGAAAGCUCAGAUYAGGAACGUGGAGUUCUUCCAGUCGGGUCAGGAGGGUUGGACCGACUCUUACGACCCGCGGUACUCUGUGGCCUUCCUGGACCUGGGUCAGGUUUCAGGGAACGAGUCGUACCUUCAGGGUUGCUCCUUCCAUGAUGGCUUCUCUCCGGCCAUCGGAGUGUUUGGGACGGCGGGACUGAGCAUCGAUGAUAACGUCGUCCAUCACACCGUAGGAGAAGGGAUCAGGGUGUGGGGAGACAAGAUCACGCUCAGGAGGAACCUGGUGAUGAAGACUCUGUGGCCCGGGUCCUACCAGGACCGAGAGGAGUCCUCUAACGUCCAGUGGAACGCAGCCAUCGAGGUCAACCAGGGCACCAACGUGGUCCUGCAGCACAACAUCGUGGCGGGUUAUGAGCGAGUGGCGUAUCGCAUCAACGGUGAACCGUGUCCAGAGUUUCCAAACGAGAACGAGGCCUGGGCUCAGAACGAGGCGCACGGCGGUCUGUUCGGCGUCUACAUGAACAAAGACGGCUUGGCCGGCUGCAGCUUCAUACAGGGCUUCUUCGUCUGGAAGACCUUCGACUUCGCCAUCUACUUCCAGACCAUCAUGAGCGUCGUGGUUUCUAACGUGACCCUGGUGGACAACGGGAUGGGCAUCAUGCCGCUCGUCUACGCUCCACCGUCUCUGUCGCACGCCUACGCAGAUAAGACGGUGCACGUUCAGAACUCUCUGAUCGUCGGCAGCAGCCCCAACUUCAACUGCUCCGACACGCUGGACGCAGAGGACUUCAACGUGGCCGUGAGCGCGCCACACCGAGCUCCCAGACCGCUCCAAGGAGGCAGAUCUGGAAUCUGCUGGCCCACGUUUCAGUCAGGACACAACACGGCUCCAGGUAAACCUCAUCACCUGAACAUGAACUACAACUCCAUCAAAGGCCUGAUGAAGGUCACAGACACAACAUUUGUGAACUUCCGUUCCGUGUGCUCGGGUGAGAUGAACUUCAUGUUCAUCACCAACCCUCUGAACGAGGACCUGCAGCACCCGGUCCAGGUCUCAGGCCUCCGGAUGGUGGACGGCUCAGAAGAUGCUAAAGUCUUCAUCCACAGACCUGAUCUGGGGAAAGUGAACCCAGCGGACUGCGUGGACAUGGACUGUGACGCCAAGAAGAAGACCCUGUUGAAGGACCUGGAUGGGUCCCUGUUGGGCGCAGUAGGAGCUGUGGUGCCUCAGUCUGAGUUUGAGUGGGGAGGGGAUCCCAGGAGGGGUCUGGGGGACUAUCGGAUCCCUAAAGUCCUGCUGACGGCCCUGAACGGCAGCAGGAUCCCUGUGGAGCAGGUCACACCUAGUAAAGGUGUAAUCAGGAAAAACUGCACCUACAUGGCCUCCUGGCAGGGCUACAGGUGCUCCGCUUUGAACUACCGGAUGCUGGUCAUCGAGAGCCUGGACGCGGACACGGAGACCAGACGUCUGUCCCCCGUCGCCAUCCUCGGAGACGGCUUCGUGGACCUGAUCAACGGUCCUCAGGACCACGGCUGGUGUAACGGCUACACCUGUCAGAUGAGGCUGUCUCUGUUCCACAGCAUCGUGGCCACAGGCCACGCCUUCGACGUGUUCUUCACCAGCGUCAGCCCGCAGAAGCUCCGCCUCCUGAUGCUCAACUCGGACCCCUCUGAGAGCGUUCUGGUGUCCGUGUUCUACUCCAGUCCUCAGCGGCUGGACGUUUACGUCGACAACAGUCUGGUCCCGCCCACCAACGCUGCAUGGAACCAGGCCAGAACCGACUACACCCUGAUGAAACCAGCCUCUGCAGACCAGUACGUUCCUCAGAUGAACGCCUCUGCUGGAAACAACUACUUCGACCAGGACUACAAGAUGCUGAAGGUUCUGGUGAGAGGCUCCGCCCCCGUGGAGAUCAGAACCGCCCCUGUUCUCGUUCUGGCCUUCAACUUGCCUGCCAUGACMGAGGCCGAGUUCUUCGGGGACAACCUGAUCCAGAACCUGGCCCUGUUCCUUAAAGUCCCCCCUCUCAUGAUCCGCAUCACAAACAUUGUCAGGGAGGACGGCGGCGUGCGGCGGAGGAGGAGGUCCACGGGCCUGACGGUGGAGGUGGAGAUCAAGAAGCCUCCCRUCCAACAAACCACCAACAGCACCAACGAUGAGGACUUCCAGCUGCUGAGGACCAUCGCUGAUGAUCUGGGUCAGGCUGCGGUCUCUGGAAACCUCAGCCAGUCCAUCGGCUUCAACGUGUCCACUGUGGGCAUCGUCCCUCCACCUCCUUCGUCCUCAGACCCGAGCUGGAGCGAGGUGGCUGGAGAAGACGUGAGCAGAGACCAGCCCACGGUGAGCUACGUGUCCGGAGUCUCCCACCUGCUGCUCGUGGUGGACCCCACACCUGGUCAGUUUGUUGGUCCUCUGUCCCAGCAGCCCAGCCUGAAGGCUGUGGACGAGCAGGGGAACUGUGUCUCGGUGGGAGUGACGUCUCUCACUGUAACAGCCGGUCUGAAGAACUCCAGUGGGGACCCGGUGUUUGGACUGGACGGGAACACCACCAUCCUGUUCAGGAGCUGCUGGGCCAACUUCUCAGACCUGUCCAUCGUCAGCGGCGGGGACAACCUGACCAUGGUCUUCACCAUGAAGGACUGGGGGGCCCAGUCUGGGACCUUCACUGUCAGAACCCUUGUCCCCACACAGGCCCCGACGCCCUCCACCACCACCACGGAGGCUCCGCCCUCCACCACCACCACGGAGGCUCCGCCCUCCACCACCACCACGGAGGCUCCGCCCACCACCACAGAGGCUCCGCCCACCACCACCACCACCACGGAGACUCCGCCCACCACUGAUGACAGCAUCUUCAGCUCCGGCGCCUCGCUGUCGGCCGGUGGUCUGUUCCUCAUCAGUGUGGUGGUCUGCUGCUUCGCCAGCCUCCCCAUCUGUUAGAGGUUCUACACCUGACACGGGCCAGACCGGUUCCUGAGGUCCAGAUCCUGGUUUUAGUCUGAUCCAGACACGAUGUUAACACUUCAUGUUUAAAUAUAAUAAAACCUGUUUGAUUUAUUGAAGGAAAUCUUUUUAUUUCAUUUUGGAUCAUAGUUUAGAACCUGAGAACUUCCUGUUUAUAAAGGUUCUGAUCCAAACAGCCAGUACAUCAAUUAUUAUAUCACAUAUUCUUUAUAUUUUAUUUUCAAGGCAGAAUGUUGGGUUGUUUAUUUAAAUAUAAAUUUAAGGUUUAAUCAAUAUUUGUAAAAUUAUUGUUUCGUUUUAUCAAAUGAUUUCUAUAAAAUUAUGUUUUCAAUAAAUUCAGAUUUUCAUGAAAAUCA